AUGGUUGUCACGGGUAACGUGUCUCUCGCCCUGAACCACACGGCGUCCCAGACCCCCCUCCCCAUCCACGGCGCGCCGCUGGUCAGCCCGUCGCUGCCCUUCAUCCUGCCGGUUGUGUUCUCCGUGGUGUACCUGGUCGGGCUGGUCGGGAACGUCACCGUGCUGCUGUGCGUGGGCCGGCGGGGCGUCAGGAGCUCCAUGUGCGUGUACGUGCUCAGCCUCGCCACGGCGGACACCGUGUACCUGCUGGGCGGGCCGUUCUUCCUAGCCUCCUUCCUGGUGCAACCCAGAUGGCUUAACAAGAUUAUGGAGUACGGAGAGUUGCGAGGCGACGUGUCUCAAAGGUUGUUUACCAGGACCGGAGUGACAGAUAGCUCCUACAGAACAUCGGCUCCGUCAAAUAAAAAGGAGACGCAGUUCCAGACUCGGGGGAUGAGUGAGAAGGUGUACGCCAAAGCGGGGUGUAAUCUUACCGCAUCGCAGAACCAGGUGGUGUUUGGCGAUAUCGGCUGCCGGUUGAUUGUGGGUCUGGACACGCUGACCAUGCUGGCCAGCAUCUUCACCCUGACGGCCAUGAGCGCGGACAGGUUCUACGCCGUGAUGUACCCCACACAGGCGAUCUCUGAGGGGAUCCAGAUCACCAGCAAAUCCCGCUGGAUCACGUGCGCAGUCUGGAUCGCGGCCCUGCUCAUCACCGUGCCCUGGACCGUCUGCAUGAGUCUGCACCAGUCUGAACAGGGCGGUGAGCUGGUGGAGGUGUGCCUGCUCAGCUGGCCCAGCGAGGUGGGAAAGCUCGUGUACAUCACGCUGGUGUUCGUGCUGGGCUUCCCUCUGCCGUUCAUCAUCAUCUCGGCGCUGUACGGCACCAUGGUGUACCAGCUGUGGGCCACCAUGCAGCCCGUCACGCUGGAGGAGCAGGACAGGACCGCGCACCAGCGCCGCUCCACCGUCAGGAGCUUCGUCAGCGUCGCAGAGGUGUCCCAGAGGGUGGCGGAGACCAGUUACAUCCGGUCGCAGCACACCGUCACCGUCAAGUACUCGGUGAGCGAGUCGGUGGCGAGCCGCCAGCUGUCCAAGCAGAGCGUGGUGUCUCGGCACGCCUCGGGAGGGGAGGGGGUGGCGCGGCGUCUGCAGCCGAGGAGGCGGAGGAGGCAGCACGUCUCCCGCUCCGUGUUGAUCAUCGUGGCCGUCUUCUUCGUCUGCUGGCUGCCGUACGGAAUCCUACAGGGUUAUGGAUUAGGGGACGGGGUGGCGCGGCGUCUGCAGCCGCGGAGACGGAGGAGGCAGCACGUGUUCCGCUCCGUGCUGAUCAUCGUGGCCGUCUUCUUCGUCUGCUGGCUGCCGUACGGAAUCCUACAGGUGUUGUACUACCACCACGUGUUCCGCCCCACCGCCGCCAUGUACUACGUCCACCUGACGUUCGUGGGCCUGUCCUACCUGAACUCCUGCGCAAACCCGCUGCUCUACGUCAUGCUGAGCGAGAGAUUCCGCAGGGAGAUGUUGCAGUCCUGCGCAAAGAUGUGCUCCUGUAUCAGGAGACUCUCUAAGCCGCAGCCGCGGCACAGCACGGAGACGAAGGGCGAACAGCAGCGGCAGCAACAACAACAACAACAACAGCUGCCGUCCACUCCUGUGGAGAUGAACAACUUCAAACGUGUUCCCGCCACCUCCAUAGAGAUGAGCAACCUCAGACAUGUCCAGAACAAGAUCAGGAACGAUCUCUUAUAACUCUCUGCGAUCAAAGACAAGCAGUUCUGGAGGACUUACUUCGUCUGCUCCACCUCACAUGA